AUGGAUGUCGCUCUGGAGUUUCUCAAUCCUCUUGUUUUGGACAAAGCCUACGCAUGGGCGUUACCUUCUUCCGACUUCAGCUUAGGCAACUCGUCAUAUUCUGAGUUUUCGGCCGCUAGCAACGCGCCUACGUCCCAAUGGCCACGCGACAACAUCUAUCGUCAAAUCGUGUCGAUACUCGUCAUUACCCAGCUCGGUGCGACUUCUCUCUACCUUUUCUUCAGCUCUCUAUCGUAUUAUUUUGUAUUUGAUCGACGACUCGAGUACCAUCCUCGCUUCUUGAAGAACCAAGUCCGUCAAGAGAUCAAGUCAUCGCUCUCAGCCGUCCCGUUUAUCAACCUUUUGACCCUGCCUAUCUUCCUGGCCGAGGUUCGUGGUAAAAGCUUGCUCUACCCCAACACAAGCGACUAUGGCUGGACAUGGCUGGUGAUCUCAGCCACCCUCUACAUGGCUUUCAAUGAUUUUGCUAUUUACUGGAUCCAUCGCCUGGAACAUCACCCCAGUGUGUACAAAUAUAUCCACAAGCCACAUCACAAAUGGAUUGUUCCUACGCCAUGGGCUGCGCUGGCUUUUCACCCGCUUGAUGGGUUUGUGCAGUCGUUGCCGUACCAUCUCUUCGUUUUCAUUUGCCCAAUGCAGAGGUAUCUGUACUUGGUCCUCUUCGUUGGUGUUCAGAUCUGGACCAUCUUCAUUCACGACGGCGACAUGAUUACGGGCCAUUGGACAGAGAAGUUUAUCAACAGUCCCGCACACCACACAUUACAUCACAUGUACUUCACAGUCAACUAUGGACAGUACUUCACCUGGGCCGACACCUACUUCGGCUCACAUAGGGCACCGGAGCCAUCGCUGGAUCCUAUUCAUGACGCCCUCAAAGUUAUGCGGGCGAAAGGACUUGUGGAUGAGCAGGGCAACCCUAUCAAACACACCAAAAGCGAGUAA